UUCAGUGUCUGUUUGGAUGUGGGAGUGGGAGGUUGUGCGCUGUUGUGUGUCAUAUAGAUCUUUUGUGGUGCCCAUUAGGGUUGUGGUGUUAAAGUGAGAACUCUUAUAAUCAUUUGUAAACAUAUAUUGUGGCUUUGGGGUAGUAAACUACGUUCUCCUAUCGGUGGAGAGCGAAUUAAUCACGACAAAAAGUGGAUUUUCCCGUCUCGGGGCAGUUCGUUGGCAUUGGGUUCUAUUUUGGCCGUAGUAGGCAGUGUUGGCGUUGUUUUGAUUCCAGCGUCAGGAGGACCCGAGUACCUCUGCUCCGUCCCUACCUCCUCAGGCGACGCUGCUGCUGCUGCUGCUGCUGCAUCUCUUAUCCUUCACCAUUGACGAUGCACUUCAGGGCUUAGAAGACCAAGUAUGGUAGGCCGCCCAAAGCCUCACCUCGAGGAUGAGGUCUCGCUUGUGAUCGUGGAGGGCGAGGUGGUGUCUAGCGUUUAUUUUGUUGAGGGAGACCGAUGUGUGACCCCCUCUCUUGGGGACCUGGGCCCCUAGGGUUCCCUGAGCGGCCCACCUCCACACACCACUCCAAGCACCGCCACCUACAGAAAGGGCAUCAAAGACAGCAGGAGCAGAGCCAGGAGGAGUACCCACACCAGCAGACGGGGCAGCAGCAGCAGGUGUGUCUGCCGUGUACCCAAAGCCAACUGCCGGAGACCUGUUCACAGUGCGCCCUAAGAGAAUUCCCGUGUCAAGCAGGUGUUCUUAGCCGUUCCCUUGGAAGGGGGGAUGAGUGGGGCGAGAGUGAGUGGAGAGGGGCUGCCCCUUCAGCGUGGUCUGGAUGGGUGCCACUCACUGGCCCCUCCCUGCCCAUCAUCCUCCUGACCACGGCACUCCUCCUCGCUGCUAACUUCCAGCCAACUAAUGCAGACUUCGACCUGGACAACGAGGCAGAUGAGAUCGGGUUCAUGAUCAAGCGGAUCAAAGUCCACACGCGGGAGGCGCUGAAGGACCCGUCCUACCGCUUCCCUGGCAACUACGGUGUUGAGAAGUUCCUCGAACUCUUCUCCGAGGAGGACUACGACGCCUUCUGCCUCGCUUACAUGUUCACCUACAGGGACUUCGAAGGCGGGACUCUGGGCCUGGCGUGGACAGGCGACCUGAAGAACGCCGGCGGAGUCUGCGAGAAGAACGGCCACUACCGCGGGAGCCUCAAGAGCCUCAACACCGGUAUUGUGACGCUCUUGAACUACGGCAAGCACGUCCCUCCCGCCGUCAGCCACGUCACCCUGGCCCACGAGAUCGGCCACAACUUCGGCAGCCCCCACGACCCAGAAUCCGACACUCGCUGUACCCCUGGCGGAGAAGACGGCAACUACAUCAUGUUCGCCAGAGCGACCUCGGGGGACAAGCGGAACAACAACAAGUUCUCGCCGUGUUCGCUGCGCCAGAUCAACAGUGUCCUCAACUCCAAGGCCAGGGACUCGAAAGGGUGCUUCACCGAGCCCCAGAAGGCCAUCUGCGGCAACGGGGUAGUAGAGGCGGGCGAGGAGUGCGACUGUGGCUGGGAGGAGGACUGCGACGAGGCCUGCUGCUACCCAAUGAAGAACAACCCCAAGAAGAACCAGAAACCUUGCACCCUGAGGCCCAGCAAGGUCUGCUCCCCGUCCCAGGGGCCGUGUUGUACCCAUGACUGUCGUCUGAAGGAGGGCGACAAGUGUAGAGAUGACAACGGCUGCCGCGACUCCUCCUUCUGUAAUGGUCGCUUCCCUGAGUGUCCUCCCUCCACCAAUAAGCCCAACAAGACUAUCUGCAACGAGGAGUUCGUGUGUUACAAGGGCGAGUGUAGCGGGUCCAUCUGCCUGGCGUACGGGCUGGAGUCGUGCCAAUGUGACCGCAGCGCGGGCGACCCCGUCACCAAGUCCUGCGAACUCUGCUGCAAACUCCCGGGGGAGAACCAGAUUUGUCUGUCGUCGUUUGAGUGGAAUGUGCCUCCGUACGACAUCCCAGACAUGUAUGCCAAGGCUGGCACUCCCUGCAAUAAUUACAAGGGCUACUGUGAUGUCUUCAACAAGUGCAGAGAGGUGGACCCUUCGGGACCCCUGGCCACGCUCAGAGGUCUGCUGCUGAGUGAUGAGUCUCUGGCCAACCUUCAGCGGUGGAUCAUCGAGCACUGGUAUGCCGUCCUCUUCGUCGUCCUCGCCGUCAUGGUGCUACUGGUGGCGAUCAUCAAGGUGUUCGGGAAGGCUCCGGAGACAGUGAAGUUGAAGAGCCGGACGAUUAUGCAUAAGAAUUCAGGAGCAUUGCAAUACUCAGUGCCUGUAACAGGCGCCACAUCCAAUGGCGCCAUAGCUAAUGGCACAACAGCCAAUGGAGCCACAGCCAAUGGUACUACUGAGACAGCCGCUAACCAUGUUGUCCACCCUACAGUUGUCAGAGCCAAUUUACCAUUUAAGAGGAAAGUGAAUGAGGUGCGUAGAGCAGCUACGAAGGCCAAACGGGCAGCAAAGAGUCAGCUUAGUCGGCCACACAAGAAAAGUAGCAGACGUGCUGAUGGUGGUGUAACUUCUCCUACAGAAUCGGAGAAGAGUGGUCCUGGUGCCACAGAUGGAGCUCUUCCCACAAGUGAUACUCGGAUUAAGGACCGACUGUCUAGUAGAUUUUCAAUAAUUAGUUUCAAGACCUUUCGACCCAAGUCUCUUAGUCCUGACAAACACAAAAGCAAGAGCCCAGAUAAACGAAAAACUAAAAGCAGCAAUGACAAAAAAUGCAAAUCAAAAAGUUCCAAGAACCACCACAGAAGCCGAAGUCCAGACAAGAAACGAAGAGCAGAAGGGCGUACUGAAGGUCGUGCCGCAGAGAGCCCAGACAAACAUAGAAGGUCAAGAAGCCCAAAUAAGCAGGCCAGCCUGGAGGACGAUCGUAGAAAAUCAAGGAAUCGAUCAGUUAGUCCAGAAAAAACUCGCAGAUCUUCCAGUCCAGACAAAACCCAAAGGCAGAAGGCACGAAGUCCGGAGAAGCACCGGAAGAUAGGAGAAGGAAACUGGUUAAUAAACAAAUUCCUUGCUGAUGAGGAGAAAACUGCCAAACCCAUUGUCAAUGGUUCCUUGAUGGGCUCAUUGAAUGGGUCACUUAGCUCUAUUAAUGCUGUAUUAGGUGGACCCACUAACAGUCCCCAGAUGGGACCAGUUAGAAAUGGGUCCAUGCGGGGUCUGCUAGCAAGUGAUAGCAACAGAGGUAGUCCUUUACGGGGCUUCAUCAACGAGGCCUUUAUUAGUUCCCCUCGAGGAGGCCGGACUCAUAGCUCUUUGAGAGUUACUAAAUCUGUCAGUCCAGAGGGGCUCGAGUUUGACUUGGGACCCAGUCAGUACCGUAGAUCAAUUAGUAUGGAGGCCUAUAACAGGCCCCCAGCUAGUCCAGAUAAGAGAAAGCGAUCCAUAUUGGAUGAAGGUCUGAGCCCUGAUAAAAGAAGACGGUUUAGUAGCCCAGAGAAGACCCAAAAAUCACACAGUCCUGCCAAGGAGCGGAGACUGACCUGUCCUGAGAGGAACCGUCGCACCCUGGAUCCAGAGAAACGGCAUUCCUCAAUCUCACCCCCAUCAUCAAAGACCAAUUCCUACUCGUCGGUGCCUGAGCGAUUACGCGAGAAGCUUUCACUCAUCACUGCCAGUCCUUCAGGCAGCGUUGCCUCCAUCCUGCCUCCGUCGGAGCCCGCAGACAAUGUCAGUCUCCACUCUUCCACUCACUCCACACAUUCAACCCGGUGUCAACCCAAGGACUGGGUCUGAGGUACCCCCAAACAGUGACAGUGUUCAGAAUUUCAGUGACAAGAAUUCUGGUCUAGGGUGAAUGCAGUUCGUCCUGCCUUUCCUGGAUAGCGGUGUCCAGUGUGCAUUUGUGACAGCACUAUUUUAGAAACAGUGUGUCGCUUGUGUCACAUGAACAUAAGGCUGCUGCAUCUAUUUUGUGCCAACCACUUUUUAGUCCUCAUUACUCACAUAACUGAGAUUUACAAGUCCAGUAUACAUGUGUGGUGUUCAUUCCAUCAGGUGCAUUUUUUGGAUAAGAUGAGGGAAGAAGUGUAGUGAAUAUUUACAAGAUGUGAUGAAGUGUGUGACCCAGUCAUGGCCACAUGGACUGAGAACAAGGAAUGCUCUCAUUGUUUGUUUUAUUUAAUGAGUAUUUAUUGUUAUCUGAGAAUAUUGGCAGUAUAAUGCUGCCUGUUGCAGCUAAUCCUAAGUUAGUUCAUAUCAGUUUUGCUUUGUGAUAAUAUUUUUAUGUCAACUCUGAUAAGUUUGUCUUGCUCAAGACUGUAUGGGAACUAACAAAUCAUCUCCAGUUGGUCAGUCUUCCUUGGAGUUGUGAAGCUCUGUAGGUGAGGCCAAUCAAUGCUUUUGCGGUCGAGGACAGAUGUUCAGGCACUGUGAUUUACUGUUAUAUUUCACAAUUUUGCCAAAGGUUUUAGCUACAUACUGUAUUACUGUGUGUGUUGAAACAGCCAUCUUUAUGUUAUUAAACAAGUUUGUUUGUAUUCAGUAAGCUGCCUCUCACUAUUCAGCAAGAUGGUCAUGCAUAGUUUUUCUUAGUAUAAUUUUGACCUUACACAGAUUUAGGAUUCUCCUCCUUAAUCCUCUUCUCAUUCUGUUCUGUGACCUGCAACUACCAGUAGAUUUAUGCUCCCAUAGUCAAUACAUGCAGUAAAACUUGUAUUACUAUGUCCAUGAUUAUUUACCCUCAACAGCAAAGCUAUUUUUGUCCUAUUAAUUAUACUUCUAUAUAUCCUAAUUCCUAUUAUUUUGGUUUACCAACUAAUCAACAGUAACCUAAUCUGGCAACGAAUAACUUUUGAAUAGUUCCAAUGCUUAGCCUUGGCCUAAAUUUGAUCAAAGAAAUUACAGUAACCCAUUUGACUCCUCAGCUGGUGCUCCUGCCAUAUGAUCUCAUCUCACCUUCCCACAACUUGUAAACCUUAAGUGUGUAGCUUGAAACUCCUACAUAUUGUAACCUGUACAUUGUAAAUCUGUGCAAGAUAUUUUUAAUACUUUUUGAAGGCUAAUCUACUAGACCACUAGUGUGCUUCUGAUUUACAGAUUACGUUCUAGGAACAGUGUGUUUCAUUUAGUUUGUAAAAAUAUAUAAAAUAUGAGAUUGUCGUGUUUAACUGAUCAGAAAAUGGUACGUUGAUCCUUUGCUUUUCUCGCUGUUGUAAAAAAUAAGAGGCCAAUGGGUCUAUCAGUAGGGUGUAGGUUGAUGUCCUAAGCUGCUGGAUUGUGGGGUAGUUUCUCAUUGUUUACAGUAGUCUCUGCUAGGGUGCGUGAUCAGGGAGACUUGGGUAUUAUUUUUAGGGACUUUUCAAGCCUGUCUGCAUAACUUUCAAACUGCUGGUUAAGUUUGAUAAACAAAAAUUGAAUGUGUGUGUGUAAUAACUCAUAAAUGAUAGUGUUGAAUCUUCGUUUUCAGAAUGCGAUUAUUACACUCUUAUAUUAAGAGGCAAGCAUCAGAAUGUCUUAGUGCACAGUAUGUGUGAUUCCCUUUCCUUCUACCAUACAGAAGAUCAGUAUGGUUUGGUGCUAGACACUGCUGAUAAUAUUCUGUUACUGCCGAAUUUUAAUCAUAGGAGAAAUGCUGGGUUCCAAGGUUACAAACAUUCCAGUUCAAAACUUGACUGGAAUAGGAUCCAGGAUGACAUUAUAUACUGUCAUUGAUUUUUUAAGAUGUAACGAGAAUCAGACCAAGAGCAGAUGAGUUACAAUGUCAAAAUAAUAAGACCCACAUAUUGGGAUGUUAGAAGUCCUGUGUUAUGUAUCAAAAGGCCACAUGUUGGGGAUCAAAAACAAUACUACAUGUUAGGAAUAAGAACUACCACAUGUUGGGGAUCAGAAGAACCACAUGUUGGGAUUUAUCCACAGAUUACCCAUGCUACCCAACACUGGGUGAGUGUGAUGUUAAAUGGUAAGUUAUCUAUGUUUGUUUAGGUUGGAUAGUUCUUCUGCUAAAUUGUUUAUUGCUGUAAAAUAUAAUUUGUUUAUAUUCUAUUAGAAAAUAUAAACCCAAAAAUUUGUAAUAAUUCGAGUAGAUUGAGGUAUGGUAGACUACUAUCAUUCAUCUGAUGUUCUACAAGUCAAAAAAAUCCACUUUAGUGUAUAAGUAUGUACUAUAGAGCUGCUGCAUAUUUGUUUCAGCUUGUGUUUACAAGUGAGACUGAAUGUGCUUCCAAGUACUGUAUUAAUUUUGAACUGAAUUGCUUCAACCACUUGGCCAUGGACUUGUGACCAUGAGUAUCUGGCCAAUACAACUGCUCAUUACAGUGUUACUUGUUGAACUGGUGGCUGGAAUCAGAUCUUUAACACUGUAGCCCAGUGUGAAAGUCGGUUCCCAUCUGGUGUUAAAGUCUGAUUUUUAAGCCCCGUGUUAAAAUCCAUUUCUCGACUACAGUAUUGCCUGAACUGUGUCUGGCUGUGGCCAAGUGGACCUUGAAUAUAGUAUAUCUUCCUGUUGCUACUGCUGAAUGGUAUUUCAGUUUUUAUCCUUGUUGUGUAUUUUAUAUAUAAAUAUAUAUAUAUAUAAUUUUUAUUUCAUCAAAUGGUGUGUAGAGGUUUUUAGUGUUUUUUUAAUUUUCUUCCCCGAGAAAACUCAGGAUCAGUACCUACUGAGAACAGCGUAAUGUAAGAGUAUUUGUUAUGUCUAAGAGAAGUGACGACUCAUGUGAGGGGGGCUACGCUGUGUGGGUUAUGAUAAACAUCACCAGCAUUGCCCCUAUAAUAGUUCUUGGGCCAUGUCUAAAGCUUCCCGAGUGCUGAAUACAGCUCUAGUAGGAGAAUUUGCAAGACUCCUUAGUUAUUAACUAUGGCUCAUAGUAAUUUUUAAAGCUCAUGAGAGUUACGAGUAAGCCCCAGUGCAAUUUUGAAAGUUUUGGGUUCAUGUGUAAAUCUAUUGUGAUGUUAAAACUUCCUGGUGAUGCUGAAUGGCUAAAGAGAAUAUCAGUACGAGUUACAAAUUUACUCGAGGUUUUGGUAUUUUGGAAGAUAUUUUACUCAUCAAAAUUACAGUUUUGAAAAGUUGUUGAUUUUAAAAUGUAUUCUACAUUUCUCUUGGUAAUAUCCAAUAGAAAAUCAGUUGUAGUCGUACGUUAUUCAUUCAGUUUCUGUGAGACUCCCAUUCAGUAGACAAACCUUUUAUAAUGUCCAAAGUAAAUUGUCCUAAGUUAAACAACAUUUAUCCUGUCAAUAACUGUAUGAUUAUUUUUUUUGUGAAAGCUUUAGUUAGGGUUAAAAUCUAAAUUCGACAUUAUAAAUGAAAUAUGCUUCAAAAUUCAGACUAAGUUAUAUGUUAACUUAGCCAGGAAUAUACUCAGCCAGGAAAUUGUAUUAAGAAUCACAUUCAGUUUUCUUGGGUAAAUAAUCUGGGGAAGUUUUCAAAGGUAUACCGUGUCUUUCGCGAAAUUAAUGGUAAAAAUGAGUUAUACAAUUUCAGCUAAAAAUAUUCUAGUUUAAUUAAGUACAUGUCAAGUUCCAAAUGCAAUGAUGUAUGUUAAAUAAGUAUUAAAAAAACAGUGAAAUGUUAUUAGUUCAACCGAGACUUGUAUUAUAAUAGCGGCAUUACCUAAAAAGAACAACAGAGUUGGUGUGGCUUCCUUGAACACAUAACAGAGAGAGAGAGCGAAGAGCUUAGUACAUGUCUUGCCCACCACCAUAACCACCAAAACCACCACCACAAAUGCCGCCACCACCACCACCAGCCCACCUGCCUUUGCCACAAUACACAGAUGGGCUGGAGUGUUUUCAUCCGCCAUUCAAACUCCAUUUUCUAUGACAUAUGCCAUUAAAUACUAUUUGUACGACAUUACCAUUUUGACAAUAAAAAAUG